AUAUAUGCAUCUGUAUAUAUGCAUUCUGGUCUAUCAGCUCAUGUGUCAACUGAAGCCAUGGCAGAGUCAGAGUCUAUCAAGAAGGCCAACAAUGUCCUGCUGAAGGUUAUACACUACUGUUAAGGAGGAUGUGGCCAAGAGACUGAAGCAGGUCAAAGUGUCAUUUGACCAAUUCAACAUUGAGAAUCAUUGGGGAUCUGGCAAACCAGCAUUCAUUCUCAGGCCUGCUUAGGCGAUGCUUGCAAGAUUCAAGACUUGGAGCCUCCCAGUGACCCGCAAGUGGCGAGUCCGACCGUGUGGAGGAGUUGAAGGAGGAGGCUGAAAGUGGACAGGAACACUUCGAGCAGGAGGCCACAACCGCAAAAGUGACCCUAGCAAAAUUCGGCUCGGAAGCCAACAAAAUUGAUGCAAUUGCUUUGGGCUAUGGAGAACCAUCUCUCAUCACAGCUUGCAGAGCUAAAGGAAGUGACAGACUGCGAGGUUGCUGGAGAUCCCCACCAAUUGAGAGUCGACGAGGUGUUGCGCGCUGCAAGCAUUUCCAGCUCUUCGUGCCGAGCUGCAAGGGUGGAGGAAUAUGACAAGUUGACAAAACAGCUCGUCACGAAGUACUUCCAGACAUGGUUGGGAGUUUCUGGAGCCUUGAUCCUUCAAAAUGGACUGCCCAUGAAUCUCAACAAGAUCAUUGCUAUCCUGGACGAAUUCCAUGUUGUCCACCAAGUUGGUGAGAAAGCUGAGCAAGGGAGGAAGGAAGAAAAUUCAUAAAAAUGCUGAGCUUGGUGAACGCACGUGCCAAGGAUCAGAAGAACAGAGCUGGCAGAAUCCUUGAAAAGAGGUGUUUAGUGGCAGGUCUGCUCUGGCACAAACAAAGAUUUUGAGAGGGAUGCGAAGGAAGUAGCCCUGCACCAGCAGGGGAACUUCAUGGAGCGGAGAAGAAGAACAGGGAAGCUGAGCUUCAAUACGAGUCCAUCAGAUGGUUGGAGGAGGUGGCCUACUCCUUCAACAAGCUGGCGAUCUCCCAAACCAGCAAGGAGAAGGUCAAAAAGAAUGCUGGCGACUUUGACAUACUCAUUCCACAGAUUCCACAGCACAGGGGACGCUAGCCCCCCAUGUGAACUUGCCUGGAGAGGAGGCCAAUGAGCCCAAUGAGUCCAAUGCUCUGGCGAUCCAAGGUCCUCAAAUUGAGCAGAUGAUUGGACAGAUUGAACAGAUGAUUGCAGUGCAAGUGGCAGUCCACGCUGAGUACUGAGCGCCACCGAGUUGAAAGAAAGCAGUUGGAGCAACAGAACCAAGAGCUGAGAUCUGAGUUGGAGCAGCUGACGGCUGGUUCUGAAGCCUCGGCCCCAUAUUUCAGAGGUUCACAGUGAGUGGACCCUUCCAGCCAAAAUGGACUGUAUCCAGGUACACUCGUGAGUCACAUGCUGUGCUUGGUGUGAGCGAAGCUCCCCUGAGCACCUCCUGAAGCAGAGCUGCCCAGUGCUGUUGGCAGUGUUUAUAACUUGGCAUAGCCAGGACUGUACAGCAGUUUUCAUGUGAGUGCUGGGCAAAGGCAUUUCAGGUCCUUUUGAAAGGGAACACCCUUUAGAAUUGAAUUAUUUGAGAUUAGUACAGCAGGGGCACAAGCACUUCCCUGCAAGAAGCAAAAGAAAAAAUAUGAAAAGAAUGAAA